AUGGAGCCUAAGGAUAAUGACCUGGGAAGUGGUUCUGAGGAGACUUCGAGUGAUGGGUCUCUUUUUGUGCCUCGAGGUUUGAUGAGACAGUUUGGGACUGUGACACUGAUCGAUGAUGAGGACUUGUAUGAAGAAGGGUCAGUCUUUGGCUCACCAGUUUUGCUUGGAAAAGCUCAAGGGGUGUACGUCGCGAGCUCGAAGGACGGAAGCAGCCAUAUGAUGGUGAUGACAGCUAGUUUUGCAGCUCAUGGUGAGUUAAAGGAGAGCUUAAGAUUUUUUGGGGUGUACAGGACAGAUGCUUGGGAGUCCCAUGUUGCAGUUAUUGGUGGUACUGGCGAGUACCAUUGA